AUGUACAGUUUCAUGGGAGGCGGUUUGUUCUGUGCUGGAGUCGGCAACAUACUCCUCAUUGUCUCCACGGCAACUGACUACUGGAUGCAGUACCGUCACUCCAACAAUUACAUGCACCAAGGCCUGUGGCGGUACUGUGUGCCUGGAAAAUGCAUGACACACACAGACAGCAUUGCCUACUGGGAUGCAACCCGGGCCUUCAUGAUUCUCUCCCUGCUGGCUUGUUUCCUCGGCCUUGUGAUUGGCGUCAUGGCCUUCAUCCAUUACUCUUCCUUUGAUGGGUUUGACAAGACAUUUGCAGCUGGCAUCCUCUUCUUCAUUUCCUGCUUCUUUGUGUUGCUGGCAAUGGCUGUCUACACAGGAGUGACAGUAAACUACUAUGGUAAACGCUACGGGAACUGGAGAUUCUCCUGGUCCUACAUCAUGGGCUGGGUGGCUGUGGUGCUAAUGUUCUUCUCAGGUAUCUUCUACAUGUGUGCCUACCGGAUGCAUGAAUGCCCAAGGAGCUCUAAUUCACGUUAA